UACACUGCCACAAAGUACAAGCAGUUCGCACAAAAUUGGAAUUUCGAGCACCAGACUUCAAGUCCAUAUUAUCCGAAAUCAAACGGUUUGGCUGAGAAAGCAGUUCAAAUUGUGAAACGUUUGCUAUCGAAAGCAAAACAAGAUGGAAAAGAUCCGUACCUAAGUUUGUUGGAGUAUCGCAACACACCCAUAGGUAACGUGGCUUCACCAGCACAAAUAUUGAUGAGCCGACGUUUGCGUUCGCACUUACCAACUACCCCAAAUCAACUUCAGCCAAAAGUUGUUGAUCCUGAGAGAAUGAAAGAAAAGUUCGAAGAAAAACAAAGAAAGCAAAAACGAUAUUAUGACAGAGGGUCCACGGAGCUUCCGGCAGUGCAAGAAGGAGAAGCAGUACGAGUACAAGUACAGAAUAAGUGGAAACCAGCAGUGAUCAAAGAGAAACUGGAAACACCGAGAUCGUACAUCAUUCAAACACCCAAUGGUCAACGAUUUAGAAGAAACAGAAAUCAUAUCAGAAAGCAGAAGUAUGGUGUUCAGAUAUCAAGACAGUGGGAACCAAUUGAAGAUUUCCAGUCUGAUGGUGCCAGAGAAGUUCGUGAGGAACAAGUCUCAGAGCCAAGUACUGGACAAUAUUAUAAAACUAGAAGCGGACGAUUGAGUAAGCCACCUGAGAGAUAUCAAGCAUGUUAA